AUGGCGUCCUGUGGGGAAUUCAGGUGUCUCGAUUUCCCAUCAGGCGCUAUCAUUGCAGCGCGGUCUCCCACGAAAUCCUACGCGUCCAUCACGUUUGGGCGGGAAAAACCCAGGGCCGUUGGAUCUAGGGCGAUUAGAAGAAGGAAGAUUCCAGAAGCUGGGCUGAUCUGUUGGGCUCUCAAUUCCUUUUUGUCAAGCCCAAUCCGGCUUUGCUUCGUUGGGCUUGACAGGGGCACUUGUUGGGGGUCAACUUUGACCCACUCUGGCGGCCCAACUGUUCACUCCACUUGGGCUUAUCUUAUAAGCCCAAGUGGUCCGUUUAUCCUUCUCUAA